AUGGUCAUGGGCCAUAGAACAGCAGAAAUAUUUAAUGAGCGACAUGAGAACACUAAAUUUCGGGAAGCUGGGUCAGUCGCCAAUAAAAAACGCAAUAUUGAAAAUCCUAUAAGGAACGAAGCAAUAGAAGUGGGGGUUUUAGGGCAAGUUUAUGUAGAUCCUACGUUAAGUACCCGCAAAUUGGAGACUGUGUGUGGUGUUAGUCGACGUACUGUCCAACGGAUUCUAAAGGCCCAUAGUUUUCAUCCGUAUAAAAUUCACCUGGUACAAGAACUUAAUGAAGACGAUUUUGAUCGGCGAUUACAAUUUUGUGAAGAUAUGAACGCCAUAGAUCCUGCAUUAAUAGCUAUAAUUGAAAAUCAGAAUGAUCGACGGUACAUCGCGAAUAGGUUGAUGUUCCAACAGGAUGGUGCCCCACCACAUUACGCAUUACGUGUUCGACAAUAUUUAGAUCAGACGUUUCCAGAUCGAUGGAUUUGUAGACGAGGUGCCAUUGAAUGGCCCUCAAGAUCGCCAGAUCUAUCACCUUUGGAUUUCUUUAUGUGGAGUCAUUUAAAAAGCAAAAUCUAUGCUACUCAGCCAACAUCAUUAGAAGACCUGCGACAAAGAAUUGUGAAUGAGUGCCUUCAAGUUACUCCUCAAGUAUUGCAAAAUGUAAAAAUGGAACUCAACCGAGAACAUUUUCGCGCCAUAAUUUAUUACAACUUUCAGAGAGAAUUAUCGCAACAAGAAUGCCUUGCUGAGUUACUGCCUGUUUUCGGCAACGAAGCGCCACAUCAGUCGACAAUUUCCCGUUGGUAUGGAGAAUUCAAACGUGGACGGGUGAGUCUUAGCGACGAUCCCAGGGUGGGUGCACCAAAAAUGGCAGUCACCCAGGAAAACGCCGAUGCUGUGCGCAAACUCAUCAUUGAAAAUAGACAUGUGACAUAUCGCGAGAUUGAGGCGUCCUUGAAGUCCUCAAAAACCUCAAUUCAAAAAAUUUUACAUGAAGAAUUAGGAGUAAGAAAAUUAGUUUCUCGUUGGAUACCCCACCUGUUGACCGAAGAGCAGAAAGCACCCAGAGUUAAUUGGUGUCAAAAAACGCUUGACCGUUUCAAUUCCGGAAACUCAAAAAAUGUGUACAGAAUUGCUAGUGAUGAUGAAUCUGAAGAAAAUCCAACAAAAGUCAUCCGUUCUCGAAGUGUUUCGAAAAAGAUGGUCGCGACAUUUGUGUCAAAAGUGGGUCAUAUUGCAACAAUUCCUCUUAAUGAGCAAAGAACUGUUACUCCGGAUGGGUAUACCACCAUUUGUUUGCCAAAAGUCAUCACCGAGCUUCAAAAAAUCAACCCCGAAAGAAGAAUCAUCCUCCCCCAAGACAAUGCAAGUUCGCACACAGCCCAAAAAACAAGGCAGUAUUUAACGGAAGAAAACGUGGAAUUAUUGGACCAUCCUCCAUAUAGUCCCGAUCCAGGUCCUAACGAUUUGUUUACUUUCCCGAAAAUUACAAACGGACUGCGUGGUCAAAGGUUCCAGUCACCAGAAGAAGCAGUUGAAGCAUUAAAAAAUGCCGUUUUGGAUCUGCCAGCAAACGAGUGGAAUAUGUGCUUCGAAAAUUGUUUCGAGCGCAUGCAGAUGUGUAUUAAUCUUCGUGGAGAAUACUUCGGAAAACAAAAAAUUGGUGCAGUUAUUGAAGUUUGA